UCCGGCGUACCCCAAGGGUGCAUACUUGCACCACUCCUAUUUCUAAUUUAUACAUCUAAUCUCAUGCACUUCCUUAGUCUAUGUAAUGUGCAUUUUUACGUUAAUGACACACAAAUCUAUUGCAGCUUCCCCCCACAAUUGAUGGAUCGUUUCUCGUUGAUCAUUAAUAAUGAGCUAAACUCCUUUGUAGAAUGUGCCACACGCCACUGUCUUUUAAUAAAUCCAUCAAAGUCUCACGUAAUUGUUUUUGGACCUAGACAAAAUAAAAAUGUUAUAGAGAAUCUUAUUAAAAUUGAGAUAAAUGGUGUAACUCUCAAAAUAAUGGACAAUGUAAAAAAUUAAUCUUCGAUUUGAGUAUCACAUCAGCAAAAUUAUGCAGAGAGCAUAUUUGUCGUUGAAAUUUAUUUACGGUAGCCGGAAAUUUCUCUCGUUAAAACUUAAGAUCAUGC